AUGAGGAGUGUCAUUAUCAUAGGCCAAGGCCCAGGCACCUACAUGUGUGGAAUAUAUAUCCACACAGCCAAUCUGUCUCCACUUAUACUCAAAGUGCCCGGGGAAGAGGAGAUGGACUUUUCUGGAGCAGAAAAUGUUGUAGGCGUUAAGGACGUCCAGGAACCCAAGGAGUUUAUUUCUUUAGUAGAGAGCCAGGCCAGAAACAUGGGAAUUGAAGUUCUGGAAGAGGAAGUCGUGGAAAUAUUGAGGGAAGAUGAUUACUUUGCAAUCAAAACAAAUGCUGGGCUGCACAAGACAAGAUCUCUGGUCAUCGACUCUAGGGCCUUGGAAGGAAGAUACCGUCCCUUGCUAGGAAACAGAGGUGUAUUUUAUGUAAACGACAAGGUACCUUACAGAGAAGCCAUAAUCCUUGCAGGUGCCGGGUGUAAGAUAUCAUUCGAUGUAAAGGAGUUCAUAAAUUCCAUAAAAUAA